AUGCUACUUCAGCUGCUUCUCUUGUUAGUUGUCUUGCCAGGUGGUGACAGUGUGGAUGCCUUCCAGGACCCUACCUCUUACAGUGUCAUCCAAAUUGCCUCAUUUGUCAACAGCACCUGGGCACAAAUUCAAGGCUCAGGCUGGCUGGGUGAUCUGCAGAUCCAUGGCUGGGACAGAGACGCAGACACAGCCAUAUUCCUGAAGCCCUGGUCCAAGGGCAACUUCAGUGAUGAGAAAAUGGCUGAAAUGGUGGAGAUAUUCCGAGUCUACCUCUUUGGAUUCAUUCAAGAGAUCCAAAAGCGUACAAGUGAAUUGCAGCUGAAGUACCCUUUCGAGAUCCAGGGCAGAGCAGGCUGUGAGCUACGUACUGGAGGUACCACAGAAAGCUUCUUGAGGGGAGCUUUAGGAGGACUGGAUUUCCUGAGCCUCAAGAAUGAUACAUGCGUGCCUUCCCCAGAAGGUGGCGAGAUAGCGCAGCGAGUGUGCACACUGCUUAUGCAAUAUCAGGGCAUCAUCGAAAUAGUGCAAAAUCUCCUCUUUGAAAUAUGCCCCCAGUAUCUCUUGGGAGUCCUUGAGGCAGGGAAGGCGGAUCUGCAGAAACAAGUGAAGCCCCAGGUCUGGCUGUCCAGUGGCCCCAGUCCGGGUCCUGGCCGUCUGCUGCUGGUGUGCCACGUCUCAGGAUUCUACCCCAAGCCCAGGUGGGUGAUGUGGAUGCGGGGGGAGCAGGAGCAGCCGGGCACUCAGCAAGGUGACGUCCUGCCCAAUGCUGACUGGACGUGGUAUCUCCGAGUCACCCUGGACGUAGCAGCUGGGGAGGAGGCUGGCCUGUCUUGUCGAGUGAAGCACAGCAGCCUAGGAGGCCAGGACAUCAUCCUGUACUGGGGACACCCCAUCUCUACUGGCAUGAUCUUUUUGGCAAUAAUAGUGACCUGCUUGGUCAUUUUGCUAUUCCUGGCAUUAUGGUUUAUGAAGCGUCGGUCAUAUCAAGAUAUUCCAUAA